UGUCUGCUGUGAGAGCCAGGUUGAUGAUCGCUGUGAUCGUGGUGGAUCGCUGUGUUGAGCUUGUCCGAACACAGUGACGGAGACACGGCAGUGGAUAAAGGGAUGGAGCAGAGUCAUGGUCUGCUCCUGGAUGAGGAGGUGUCCGGCCGUCUGGGAGAGACCCAGAAGGUGGAGUACGUUUUUGAAUGGCUGCGCUCCCUCAAGAAACUCCUCUCCACCACAGACAGAGCGGUGGUGAAACAGAAUCAGAAGCGACUGGUGGAACAGCUCACGGCCGUUCUGACUGGAUCUCCGGGCCCGCCCGCCCGCAGGCUGCUGGCCCAGUGCCUGGCUCUGGUCUACAGAGUAGGCGACUCCUUCACUGCAACGCUCACCGUGGACAAAUGCAAUGACAUCAUCCGCAGCAAAGACGACUCACCCAGCUUCCUGCCCACUCGUCUGGCAGCUAUCGCCUGUCUGGGUGCACUGUUUGAACAGCUUGGGCGACUUCUCAUCAGCUCUUAUAAAGACACUGUGGGAAAUCUCCUGAGAGCCAUUAAGAGCGCAGAGUCUCAGGGUCGUUACGAGAUCAUGCUGUGUGUGGAGCGUAUUCUGCAGGGCCUGGGGGUUAGUGCAGUGCCUUGUCACAGGGACAUUUACAAGGCCGCACGUCAGUGCCUCACCGACCGUUCAAUGGCUGUACGCAGUGCCUCCGCCAAGUGCCUGCUGGAGCUGCAGAGAGAGGCCGUGUUCCUGUGGUCGUCUGAGCUCGAGAGCGUUGCCACCCUGUGUUUCCGAGCCUUCGAUGGCUCCAACUACGACGUCCGAGUCACUGUGUCUAAGCUGCUUGGCACUCUGCUAGCAUCAGCACUUGUGCCCAAACAAGCCAUAGCCCCAAAGCAGGGUUCAAGGCGAAACUCCCUGGAGGAGGUGAUGGACCUGCUGUUGGGGGGGUUCAUGAGGGGCGGGGCCGGUUUCCUGCGGGCGAGCGGGGACAUGCUGAAGGGGACCAGUUCGGUCAGCAGAGAGGUCAGAGUGGGCGUGACACAGGCUUGCAUGGUCUUUGUGUCUACCCUGGGAGGCGCCUGGCUCGAGGCCCAUUUCCCAUCAUUCCUGGCUCUUCUGAUGGAGCUGGUGUCUAACGCCAGGGCGACGCAGAGCGCGGCGGACGCGGUCUGCUGCCGACGCUGCGUGUCCUUCAUCCUCCGAGCAACGCUGGGAAGUCUGCUCGGAGAGAAGGCCCAGAUAGCAGCAGCCAAAGAUAUCUGCCUGUUAAUCAGCAAACAGAAGAAAGCCGUGGAUGAUAUGAUGUGUGAGGGGAACGUGGAGACGCGUGUGAGCACCACAGAUGUCAGUGCCAGUCAGCACAUACUGGUGUGUGCGCUGCUGGAACUGGGCAGUCUGGUCCAGAACCUGGGCUCCACUGCUGUCCCUUUACUGCAGGAACCAAGCACUGCCGUGCUGGACACUGUGAUCUCCGUCUUACUGCACCCCAGCGCGCCCGCCCGACUGGCGGCCGCCUGGUGCCUGCGCUGCGUUGCCGUGGCGAUUCCCGCUCAGGUGGCCGUGUUGCUGGAACGCUGCACGGAGAGACUGAACGCUCUGAGGUCCAGUCCAGAGGCUGUGGCCGGUUACAGCGCUGCCAUCGCUGCCUUACUGGGUGCGCUACAGCACUGUCCUUUAGGAAUCCCUCACACCAAAGCCAAAGUCCUAAUGGGUUUAGCAGAGGACCUGCUUCGUUCUGCGGCCCAGAAUAGCCGGAUCUCCAUCCAGCGAACUCAGGGAGGCUGGUUGCUCCUCCGUGCCCUCACUACACUCGGACCCAAUGUGAUUGUGCAUUACUUACCCAGAAUGCUGUUGCUAUGGAAAUGUGCUUUCCCGCUCUCGGUGAGGGAUAUGGACGGUGAGCUGCGUCGUGGAGACUCCUUCACCUGGCAGGUUACCCUGGAGGGGCGUGCAGGGGCGCUGUGUGCUCUAAAGGGCCUGUUGGUGCACUGCAGAGAUCUCCUAAGUGAUGAGGUCAUAGGUCGCCUGCUCCCUCUGUUGACCUCUGCCGUGGCCUUGCUUACGCAGCUUCCCUCUCUGAUCAAAUCCUACGGGAACCAGAUAAAAACUUCAGCCGCUGUCUUCAGAGUGAAGCUGUAUGAGAUUUUUGCACUACUGCCUCCAAACACCUAUGAAGAGAAUUUUGGAGUGUUGCUGAAGCAGCUUCUGAGUGACCUUAUGGGGUCAGAGGUCACAGCCUGCCCUGAGCUGAGCCUCAUGACCCCUCUGUGCCACGCCCCUGACCUGGCCCUGCUGGGGCCUGGCAUGCAAGACAUGGAUCAACAUUACAUCGAGGAACAGGUGAGAUCAGGGGGCAGUGUUGGUUGUGGGUCCCUCGAGUUUGACCCCUUCACCAUCUGUGAAAAAUGUCAGGAUGUCCCUGUACCCCUCCCCCCAAACUCUGCCCUCAUUCUGUCUGCCGUGCAGCUAUUUGGAGUCAUCUUCCCUCAUCUUGAGGUUCAACAAAGGGCUCAGACACUGGAGCAGUUCUGUGAGGCCGUGAAGCAGGUGAAGGGAGCGCGUCAGCAGACAGUGCAGGUUCAGGUGGUGUCUGCUCUCUGCUCUGCACUCAAGUGCCUGGCGGCGGGUCACGCAGGGCUCGGUUCUGAGGAAGUCCGGAAGCCAGCGGUGGUUCUCCUGGUGGGGGCGCUGGAGAGCGCCAACCCGCUGCUACGCUGCGCUGCAGCCGAGGGCAUCGCUAGGUUGGCACAGGUUGUCAGUGACCCUGGCUUCACCGUCUCCAUGACUCUAAUGCAUUUCGACAAGCUAAAAGCAGCGCGGGACGCUGUGACACGAAUGGGCCACGCCCUCGCCCUGGGGGCUCUGUUUCGUCACGUGGGUGGCAUCAGCUCCAUCCAGCACCUGAGCACCUGUGUGGGCAUCCUGUCUGCCCUGUCCCAGGACAGUACCUCACCUGAGGUCCAGAUGUGGUCUCUUCACUCUCUCUCUAUGGUGAUAGACUUGGCUGGCCCUCUGUAUCACAAUCAGGUGGAGGAGUCUUUCUCCCUGGUGCUACGACUGCUCCUUUCCACUCCUCCCACACAUGUGGAGGUCCAUCAGAGCCUGGGCCACUGCCUCAAUGCCCUUAUUACCAACAUAGGCCCCGACCUACAGGGUGAGGGUCCUGGUGUGUGUGCAUUGCGGAUGUCCUGUAAGGUGUGCUGUGCCGUGAUGCAGGCUAGUCCUGACUCUCUGGUCCAGGCCCAAGCUGUCUCCUGUCUGCAGCAGUUACACCUGUUCGACCCGAAACACCUCAAUUUGGCCAGUCUUGUCCCCACUCUCUGUAUGAACCUGUGUAGUUCCUCCCUGUGCCUGCGGAGGGCGGUAGUGGCGUGUCUGAGGCAGUUGGCACAGCGUGAGGCGGCGGACGUAUCAGAACACGCCAUCACCUUGGUCAAAGAUCUGCCCCGCCGAGACAACACUCAGCUGGAUGUGACAAUUAAAGAAGUUGGCCUUGAGGGGGCGCUGUUCAGCCUGCUGGACCGUGAAUCAGACCCGUGUUUGCGCCAGGACAUCCAGGAGACCCUGAUCCACAUGAUUAGUUCCAUCGCUCUGGGCAAACUGGCGCACUGGCUUAAACUCUGCAAAGAUGUCCUUUCUGCUUCAGCAGACUCGGUGGCGGCGGCCGUCUCCAUGGAGACGCGUCAGGAGGAGGAGACGGAGCGCGACGACGACUCCUCGGCUUUCCACGCCAAGCCCGAGUCCAACGGGCCCUUCAACAACCUGCGCUGGUCCACGCGCGUCUUCGCCGUCGAGUGCGUGUGUCGGAUCAUCGCCCAGUGCGAGAACGGAGACCCGGCCCACUUUAACAUGACGUUAGCUCAGGAACGACGGCUACACGAGUCCACAGAUUUCCUGGUUCUCCACCUGGCGGAUCUGAUCCGAAUGGCUUUCAUGGCUGCCACGGACCAGAGCGACCCGCUCCGGCUGUCUGGUCUGCAGACUCUACUGGUCAUCAUCCGCAAGUUCGCCGCCGUGCCCGAACCGGAGUUCCCCGGACACGUCAUUCUAGAACAGUACCAGGCCAACGUGGGAGCCGCAUUAAGACCUGCCUUUGGCGUGGACGUCCCUCCUGAUGUCACUGCUAAAGCUUGUCAGGUCUGCAGCGCCUGGAUCGCCAGCGGCGUCGUCAGCGACCUUCGCGACCUGCGGCGGGUACAUCAGCUCUUAGUUUCCUCUCUGCUCAAAGUUCAAGGGGGGAAAGAGGUGAAAAGUCAGCUCUAUAACGAGGCCACUUCCACCAUGGAGACGCUGGCGGUGCUCAAAGCCUGGGCGGAGGUGUACGUGGUGGCGGUGCAGAGCACCAGGCAGAAGGUGAGCUCGGGCCAGCCGUCGGAGUCGUGCGACGGGCCCGGGGAGGCCGGUUCCGGGGGGAACGGUUUGCUGAAACUCGUCCAGGCCGACCUGGGAACCCUCAGCCGCCUGUGGUUGGCCGCUCUGCAGGACCACGCCCUCCUCACGCUGCCCCACGAAUACUGCGCCCAACUGCCCCCUGCAGGUGGUUCGUUCUACACGGCCGAGACGGCGGAACAGGCCCGACCGCAUUACCGCGGCUCCUGGGCUCCUAUCCUCCACGCCACCUCCCUCUGGUUUAGCAGCACGGGCUUCAUCGUGGUGGACGACGGACCCACCAACCUAUCCCGCCCUGUGACCCCCACCUCCAUGGGUCAGUCCAAGUCACUGGCUACGGUCAAAUCGCCAGAGGACAUCAACACAGAGCGUUUUCACCUCAUCCUGGGUAUCAGCGUGGAGUUCCUCUGCUCGCCUCACUCUCAGGACCAGAUGGAGAAGAUCACAUCCUGUUUGCAUGCCUUACAGGCCCUCUUAGACGUCCCCUGGUCCCGCUCCAAAGUGGGAAACGAUCAGGCUCUGAGCGCGGAGCUCCUGAGAAUGCUGCACAGGCUGAUCGUGACGCGGGAGUCUCCCGAGAUCCAGCUGGCAGUCCUGGAGCUGGUGCGUCUGGUGGUGUGCGCCGCUCAGGAACACGUCAAAGAGAAACGCCACAGCGCAGAGGUGGAUGAUGGGGCCGCGGAGAAAGAGACGGUUCCCGAGUUCGGCGAGGGAAGGGACACGGGAGGAUUGGUUCCGGGUCGGUCCCUGGUGUUUGGGGCCCUGGAGCUGUGUCUGUGCGUGCUGGUCCGGAAACUCCCGCAGCUCAGCCCCAAACUGGCGGGCGGCCCCGCGUUCCCCUGCGGCCCGGCCGCGGCGCUGAGCGAGAACGACUGCGGGCUGGUGACGGCCGCUCUGACCGUCCUCGCCGACCUGCCGGCUAUCUGCUCGCCGGAAGGCAGCGUGUCCAUUCUGCCCACGGUGCUGUAUCUGUUGCUGGGGGUUCUGAGGGAAGUGGUGUGGGGGUGUGGAGAUGCCCAAGUGGGGUCUGUGGUGUCAGGGGCACUGCAGGCCCUGCGCACGGUGCUGUCUUCCCCCAUGAGCCGAGCCGAGAAGAGCAGGGGAGCCUGGACCCAUCUGCUCCGGUGUGCUCUCAACACACUGCUGGACUGCUGGAGAACAGAGCCUAAGACAGAGCCCACGGUGGACGAGGUGCCUUUGCUGACGGCUCUCACCAUCUUCUUGCUGUCGGCCAGCGCCGAGGUCACCACCGUGGAACCCCUGCUAACGCGCUGCGUCGACAGAUUCAGGGCUAGUCUGGACUCCAAGGACCCUGCGGUCCUGAGUCGGAGUUUCCAGCUGCUGGCGUCGCUGUUCCAAAGCCCCGGUGCCGUGGGGGGGCGGUUCAUCCACGCGCUGGGGGGCAGACUACUGGCGUACCUGCAGGCCGUGGAGAAGAGCCAUCCGCAGAGCCCAGCGGAGCUGCUGGCGGUGCAGGACGGAGUCAGGGCCUUACAGGCGUUGGUGCUGGCUGCCGAGGAGACACACCGUCCACAGCUGGUGGCUACGCUGCUACCCAUCCUCAUUUCCUUCCUGCUGGACGAGAAUGCCUUGGCAUCCGCCCCCCUCCCCGCACGCACCCUACACGAGUCUGCCUUACAGGACCUGAUGCAUAUCGGUCCACAGUACCCUUCUGUCUUCAAGGCCCUCAUGGCCUCCUCUCCGCACAUGAAAGCUCGUCUGGAGGCCGCUGUCAGAGGCAAUCAGCAGAGCCUGAAUGCAAAGGCAAACCCGCCUCAGGUCUCCAGUAAAAGCUCUCCCAGCAUUCGCCUCAAGACCAAGUUCCUGUGAUUUAAAAACAAACAAUAAUAACAACAACAGCUACUACAACAU